AUGAGCAUCACAGUUAUAUGUGCUUCUUUGUACAUGUGGUAUAAGAAGACUGAGCACUUUCCAUUCGGUAUGAAAGAGGUACGCUCACUACUAGUAGCUCGCGGCUUGCUCGGCUUCUUCGGGGUCUUUGGAAUGUACUAUUCUCUGCUGUACCUCCCACUUGCCGAUGCAACUGUCAUCACCUUUCUCGCACCUAGCCUUGCAUGUUGGGCAUGCUCCUACUUCAUCAACGAACCCUUUACUCGAAUGGAACAAAUGGCUGCAUACGUCUCGCUUUUGGGUGUCAUCUUGAUUGCAAGGCCUGUAUCACUAUUCACCGCUUUUACCCACUCUGAACAUACCGUCCCUCCUACAAGCGGCAACUUGGGCCUGAUACCAUCGAACACCACUACUGCCGAUCUUCCCGGCCGCCUUGCUGUCGACUAUGAUUCUGUGACGCCCACACAACGAGCAAUGGCAGUCGGCUUAGCAAUGUUGGGUGUGCUAGGAGCAGCAGGGGCUAUCACAACCAUACGAUGGAUCGGCAAGAGAGCGCAUCCGCUCAUUUCUGUAAACUACUUUGCUGUCUGGUGCACAAUCGUCAGCAUCGUCGCGAUGUUCGCAUUGCCCGGUGUAGGCUUCUUGCUUCCGAAUAGCCUCAAAGACUGGAGUUAUCUGAUCUUCCUGGGUAUUUGUGGAUUUGUCAUGCAAUUCCUCCUCGCUGCAGGAUUGCAAUAUGAGAAGUCUUCGCGCGCUACCAAUAUGCUCUACAUGCAGAUGCUCUUCGCACUCGCAUUCGACAAGCUGGUUUGGGGUACUACACCCGGCGCCCUGUCCAUUACUGGAUCGUCGCUCAUCCUAGGCUCCGCGAUUUACGUUGCGAUCCACAAGGAAGAGCCCAAGAAGAAGGUUCAGCUCGGAGAAAGCGGUGAUGGAGACGAAGAGAUUGGAAUUAUGUCGCCUGGUUUUGACAGUGAAGAAAGGGAGGAGUAUGCAGACAUUGCAAUGGGGCGGUUGAGAUGAGUUCUCAUGGUUUACACUUGGAGUUUGGAUUCCAUGCAUGAUAAUUGGUAAGAGCAUAGUGAAACAUACAGAUGAAUACAGAUGCAUCGCAAUA